UUAUUAUCAACAGUCAUCACUGCUCAUCAUCAUCAUCAUCCUCCUUCCUCCUCCACCUCCUCCUCCUCCUCUUCUUCUUACAUCUCUAUCUCUCUCCCCACCUCUUAAAAAAAAAAAAAAACAUUUCCCGUUUUCCCUUUACAGCCCCACCACCAUCACUUCCAUGGCUGCCUACAUCACCACCAACCUCUACAAAACCCUAAUUUCAUAAACCACCACCAUCCUUCAUAAAUCUUUCUUUCAUCUCUCUCUCUGAUUUUCUUUUAUUUUCCUUAACAACUUCAAUUAAAUGUUUGAGCCAUGGACAUAGCCCCAACAACAACCUCCACCACCACCAACAACAAUACCAUCACAAAUACCGCAACUGCAAAAUCCCCUGACCAGGAAACGGAAACGCCUACCCGGAUCCAAUCUGCUAAGCCUUUAUCCUUCACCAACGGUGUUCUUAAGCGCCAUAAUUCCCAGCAGCAUCACCACCACCACCUCGCUGCUCCUCCGGUAGUCAUAACUUACAAAGAAUGCCUCAAGAACCACGCUGCUUCAUUAGGUGGUCAUGCUCUAGAUGGCUGUGGAGAGUUCAUGCCUUCUCCUACCGCUAACCACAACGACCCCACUUCCAUAAAAUGUGCUGCCUGCGGUUGCCACCGUAAUUUCCAUCGCCGUGAACCAGAAGAUUCCCCUCCACCCACUAAUACUACCACUACCAUUGAGUACCAGCCCCACCACCGUCACCACCCACCGCCCCCACCUCCGCAAGCAAUACCGCAACCUUAUCGAAGCCCCAAUUCCGCAUCUCCACCGCCGAUCUCCUCCUCUUACCCCUCUGCUCCGCACAUGCUGUUGGCGCUCUCAGGGGGUGUAUCUGCAGGUUUAAAUGACAAUUCGACAAUACAUGUUCCAGGUAGUUCUUCGGCGAGAAAACGUUUCAGGACCAAGUUUAGCCAGAGCCAGAAAGAGAGAAUGUACCAGUUCUCAGAGAAAGUGGGCUGGAAAAUACAGAAAAGGGACGAAGAUUUGAUUCAAGAAUUCUGCAAUGAAGUUGGGGUUGACAAAGGCGUCUUAAAAGUGUGGAUGCAUAAUAACAAGAAUACUUUCGGCAAGAGGGAUGCUAAUGGGAAUGGUGUUAGAAGCAAUGAUCUUGAAAACGCCCACCACACUCCCACUGACACUCCGACCACCGCCACUACCAACAACAAUGACAGCAGCGAGAACGUGAAUCAUCACAACCUCUUUGAGAAUGAUAAUGUUGCGCAUGUCGGCACUAAUGGGUCGUCUUCGUCUUCUUGAUCUUUCGACGGGGAGGAUGAUGACCACGAUAAUAAAUGUUAGCUAGAUAUAUAGAGAGUAAGCAUGAGAGCAUGUAGAGGGAAGAGAGACGAACACCCACAGUGAGAGAUUCUUCUUAUCUUGUGUCUGAGAGAAAGAAGCAAAAAGCGGUUACAUAUUAUUCUAACAUAUCUCAUUAUCUUUAUUACAAUAGUUUAAGGAUUUUGCAAAGACAGAAUUAAUACUUGUGAUUAUACAAUUAAUUUUUUUAAUUUAAUCAGAAAUGCAUGAUUUCAAGACCUUUUUCAA